CACAGCCAUAACAAGAAUCUCCCCAGCGUUCAUGAUGUCAGUGUGUGUGUUGCUGGUGUGAGGUGAGGUACACUACAGGAGGAAGUGCAGUAAGAGUGUCGCCGCCUCUGUGCCGCCAUUACUUCUCAAGACGUCGACCUUGUCUUGUUUACCAAAUUUAGAAGAAGAAAUCAGUUAGAAAAUUAAAGAAAACCAGACCUCACAUAUACGAAGGGAAGUAGAAAGUACUUACUGAAAUCAAGGAGCAAACUACAGUACUUCUGCAACACACGAUCAAGAGGCUCGUAUAUAGACCUCAGACUAGGAGACACUUCACUCAAGAUAUUCAAGUGCCUGCUGUUGAGAAGAUCAUGUUUGAAAAAUGGGUGUUGCUAGCGGUGAUAGUGACGGCGGUCGUGGUUGAGGGAGCCCCUGAUGGCCCUUACCGAGCGGUGUUACACAGGGCCAGAAGGCAAGGUAAUAACUCUGCUCCAUCCAUCGUGUUCAACGCACCCACUCUACACAACCUGGAUCAGUGCCGGACUCCUGAAGGCGCAGCAGGCACCUGUAAAAAACUACUCGACUGUCCGCUCCUUUACAACGCACUGAGGACAAGACCAUCGAAAGAGUUUCUGAAUUUCCUGAGAAGCAGCAUAUGUAGAUAUGAAAUAUCGUCACCUAUCGUCUGUUGCGGCCAUAUGCCUCCGGCCAUUCUUGAUUCUACUACUAUUACUUCUACUAGCACAACAUCUAGUACCACAACAGCACCAACCACGACAGUCUCAGAGGAACCAACCACGUUGCCAUCAGAGGUACCAACCACGUUACCAUCAGAGGCACCAACCACGUUACCAUCAGAGACACCAACCACGCUUCCAGUAGAACCCCCAACAACCCUACCAGUAGAUCCACCAGUCACAACAACAGAGGUGCCACCACCCACAACAACUCCCGAGCCGGCUCCCUCUGGGGUUGACUUGCUGUCAGUUGAAACCUGUGGGAUGGCCAGCACAACCAAUGUCAGGAUCGUAGGAGGCAUUCCACCCCAAAUAGGAUCGUACCCGUGGCUGGCUGCUCUGGGUUUCGUGAAUGGCCAGGGCACUGUUGAGUUCCUGUGUGGUGGUGCCCUUGUCACUAACCAACACGUCGUCACUGCAGCUCACUGUGUCAGGAACCGCAAUGACCUGAAGCUGGUUCGUCUUGGGGAGCAUGACCUGAACAGGACCGACGAGGCUGUGCACGAGGACUUCGACAUCAUGAGUAGGACCAUCCAUGCCGACUUCAACCCAGUGUCCUUUGCCAACGAUAUCGCCAUCUUGAAGCUUGACAGACCCGUCACUUUCAGGGACGCCAUCCAACCUGUCUGCCUGCCGCUGCCCGAGAGGUUCGAUAAGGACGACUUGGUAAGAAGUUUUGGCUUCAUCGCGGGUUGGGGCUCUGUGUCUUUCAAUAACGUGUCGUCUAGUGUGCUGCUCCACGUAAUGAUUCCGAUUAUCUCACAAGAAGAGUGUAGUCAGAAGUACAGUGCCUUCAGGCAGAUCUCUAUCGAUGAGACCACCAUCUGUGCUGGGGUCGGGGGCCAAGAUGCCUGUCAGGGUGACAGUGGAGGACCCAUGGUAAUGUACUGGAAGAGUCAGAUGUACAUAGUCGGGGUUGUCUCCUUUGGGUUCAGAUGCGCUGAACCCAACUUCCCCGGAGUAUACACCAGAGUGAGCAUGUACAACGACUGGAUCAUCCCCUUGCUCAACUAGCAGUGUACAUAACAAUUGUGACUUCAGACUAUCAGGUAUCUAAGAGACAGAUAAACCUGGUGGCAUUUUCUGACAUGUUCCUGUGUGCAAGUGCGAGUGAGUGUAUUGGUAGGUAGAGUACGUACAGUACAGUACCACCUCUGGAGAAAUAUGAAAUGGUUUAGAUGUGUUGGUAUUUUUGAUGAACAUUAUGAUACAGUACAGUAUUAGUGAAGUUCAUGAUAUAGUAUUAGUGUUUUUCCAUCAGUCACUCAUUGUUGCAAUGUAUUCUUUACUAUGUUAAUAAUUUUUUAUUUUAAUUUAUUUCUUAACUUUUCUCAGUGUCAGAUAGAUGUCAUAACCUCAAACUGCCGGUAGUAUGACAAGGCUCCUUGUAGUACUGUACUGUAUAGGUUUAAAGUAUUUAGAGAAAGUAGUAAGAAUUGUUAGUUGUAUUGCAUUUAUAAAAAAGUAGUAAGAUAAAUUAUGAAUAUCAGUACAGUAUUGCUUCAAGCUUUAUUUUCAUAAUGUUGAAAAUUUACAUGAUUCAGCUGUCAUUACUGUACCUUUAAUGACUGUUCAUAAAGACUUAAGUUUCUGCACUUGGCAGUAAAUAUUGGGAAUUAUUGUUCAAAGCCUACUGGUAUGUCAUCGUUUAAUACCUUCAAAUAAGUGUAAUCAAUAAGGUCAUACCCUAUUCAUUAAUAAUACACAUUAAUAACUGAUGA